AUGGAUCCGCGGUGUCCCGACGGAGAUCUGACGAGUUCCGGAGCUUCAGCCGAGGGAAGUUCGAGUUCUGGCACCGGACCUGACGUCUGGGAGGUGGAUGAGCCGGACCCGAUAGACGAGGAGCCGGUGGACUGGGAUACUGACCCGGAGCCUAUGGAGGAGGUCCCCGAGCAGGAAGAGAAGAUCACAAGACUAUCCUUGAAGGAUCGUGUAAACAGCACCAUCAAUCUCAAAGAUCAGCUAAAUGACGAUGUCUUGUUCAAGCUGAAGAGAUCUAGUAAUUGUACUAGUGAUGUUCUUGCUCCUAACAAGCUGCCUUACUUUGAUGGAAGCAAUUACAGUUACUACAAGAACAUAAUCGUGGAAGUACUUGCACCUACUACUACACAAAGAACUGAUCAAGAAGUUCCAGAAGAGAAUGCUACUACCAAUAUUCCCGCGGCACAUAACGCAGAGGAAACACGAAGAAGAAGAGCAGCACAUAAUGCAAAAGCUAAACAUCUUCUAUACUACUCUUUAUCUAUGACUGAAUAUAACAAAAUUUGCACAUGUGUAACAGUUAAAGAAAUCUGGAAUCUACCGAAACUCACGUACGAAGGGACUGAUAGAGUAAAGGAGAUGAAGCUAAACAUCUUUCUUAGACAAUACGAGCUCUUCAAGAUGAAAUCAGAUGAAACAGUAGCUCAAAUGUUCAACAGAUUUACAGACAUAGUGAAUGGCCUUGCACAUCAAGAAAAAAUAUUCACCAAUGGAGAAAAAGUGAACAAACUACUGAGAGCCUUACCAAAAGAAUGGAACAAUGUGAAAACCUCAGUUCGAGAAACAACGAGGAUUCAACCAAUCACAUUGGAAGAACUGAUUGGAACAUUCCCAUCCGAUGAAGUAGAGCAGCAAAUCGAGGAAGGUAGCUCAAAAGGUAAGAAAGCCAUAGCCUUUAAAGCUAACAAUAAUGAUGCAGGUGAUAUAUUGUCAUCUGAGCAUGAACGUGAUGAUGAAGACAUGGCACUGUUCACUCGAAAAAAACUAGGUCACAUAAAGCCAGAUUGCCCAUUGCUCAAAAAGAAGAGAGGAAAGUAUGAGAAGAAGAAGAAAGCACUGAACACUGAAACAUGGAGUGAAUCAGAAUGCGAAACCAGCGACGAAGAAGAAGCAAACCUCUAUUUGAUGGCCGACUCGGAUCAUGAAGAAGAAGAUGAGGUAAUUCAGCCUGAACUUUCUUAUGAAGAAAUACAGGACUUCUUAAAGGAAAUGUUUGAUGAAUAUAGAAAGGCUUUAAAAAGAAUUUCUAUUGUGAGAAAGGAAGUACUAGAUCUUACCACAGAAAAACUUACUUGCAAGAUUGCAUUUGACAACUUGAAAAAGGACUAUGACCUCUAA